GCAGCACAGGGCUGCGUCCUCGCUGCUGUUCCGCCCAUUCAUGCAGUCUCAGCAAGAAAAACACGAAGUAGCCCAAAAUUAUUUGGUGUCGACAGCAGUUUCAAUCCUUCGUUGUCUUGCCGCACUUCACAAAGCACGCGUACACGCAGCGGCACCGAAAGAUCCCGUGGCAUCUGCAUUACGGCUGCCGAAGCUCGGCGACUAGGGGCCCCUAGGGUGCCUCGAUGCGCGCGCCCCCGCUUAGGGUGAGGUCACCCUUUGAACCAGCCGGCGCCGCCUAAACCUGUUUUCGCGCGCUCCCUCCGCCAUUGCGUUGCCCGCGUCGACUUCGCCGCGCUGCUGUGCGGGCGUCCUCGAAACGCUGCUGCGUUCGCGCGGCUUUCAUCGGCGUAGAAUGCCUGGAUGUUGUGUUCCUCAGUGCUCCAACCAUUCGAGAAAUGGUUGGAGGAUGUUCCAUUUUCCAAGGGACCCAAAAAGGCGGCUUCUGUGGCUGGUGCGAGUCAAGCGUGACAAGUGGCAACCGACGAACUCCUCGUGUGUCUGCAGCGCUCAUUUCGAAGCCAGCAGCUUCGAACAGAACCGCGCGGAUGGGUGGAAGAAGCUCAAGCCUAAUGCUGUACCAACGGUGUUCCCAUUCAAAGAACUUCCUAAAGAGCGAAGGCCACCAAGGGAACGAAAUGCACACGUGCCUGCAUUAUUCAGUGACGACGCAGCCGCACACAAUUCUUCACGAGAAGUGAGAAACGUUCUUCCCUCAACUACGCAGGAAUUUUCUCCCGCUGAUUCUUCGUCAGACGGGGAGAUAAAUGAGAGAUUGGCGGCUACGGAAACCAACAAUGCUAAUGGGCAACUUACUUCGACCCCCAGGGAUGCACGGCUUCAAGAAACUGCAAUAGUUACUGCGACCCAACCCCUCGAUUCUGAGGCAGCUGAGCUUAGGAAGAAGAUUGCAGAUCUCACAGCAGCCAAUAAUAAGCUUAGACAACAUCAUAACGAAUCUAAGAACACUGUCAAAAAACUACAGAUGCAGGUACGCAAGCUGCAGAAAGAGGCAACUAAUUUCUCACGAAAUACGAAGUUUUUAAAUGAAGACCAAAUUCGUGCUCUUUCUCGGAACAACAAUCAUGGUAAUUCGUGGUCAGCGCAAACAGUAAAGCAAGGUCUAAAAAUUAAAUUUGCUUGUGGAACCACCGGGUAUGAAACACUCAGAAAGAUUGGCUACCCUCUUCCAUCCAGCAGAACGUUAGCAAGAAGAAUUCAGGGCCUGAAGUUUCUGCCAGGUAUCCUGCAUGAAGUGAUCGACGUCAUGAGGUCGAAAGCAGAGGGAAUGGAGGACGUGGAGAAAGACUGCGUUCUCUUUUUAGAUGAAAUGGAGAUAGCACCCGGAUUUGAACUCGACCGUGGCGAAGACGUGCUUCUGGGAGGAACGACGUUGCCCUCAAAGCCUGAAGAGCCAGCCAAUCAUGCUUUGGUGUUUAUGCUAGGGACGGAGGAAGAUUACGAGGUGGUGCACAGGCUGCUACAGCAGGUAGCAGACCUGGCACGGGAGAACAGCGACGUGCACGUAUUCGUACCGGAGCCAGAAGAGGAGCCUGACGACCCAGGCAGGGCAGCCGGCAAGUCCCAGUGA